UUUGUAGUGUAUCCGCACACUCUUGUCCUCCUACCUUCACCUCCGCUACCUUUGCCUCAUUGACUGCUGUGCAACUCAGCCCUGCUGUCGUCUUUGGUUUCCCCCCGACUGCCGGAAAAACCAUUGAGACAAGAGAGAGGCCUCUGUCUCUAGAACUGCAGUCGACCUUUCUGAGAGCUCUGCCACCCCCUCCUCCUCCUCAUUUCACUUCAUAACCAUAACCUGCAGCUGCCUCACCACAAAAAACGGUUGGCGAUUGCUCAGCAGAAGGAUCGACCGUUGUCCACCGCCUGGCCCCGGACUGGUGCUCAUUCAUUGGGGGAGGGAGGGGAAGGAAGGCAGCUGAACGUUGUGCCGCUUUCCCCGGAGAUGAAGCUCCAGGCUGUCAUGGAGAACCUGCACCGGCAGCAGAGGGCCAAGCUGCUGAUGGAGCAGCAGCAGCUACAGCAGCAAGCCGCCGCCCAACAGUCUCAAGUCCGCACCAUCGUUGGAGGAGGGGACGAGCCGAUGGGGAGCCCGGCCCCCGAGGCGGAGCAGGCCCAGAUGGCGGCGCUGGCAGCCAUGCGUGCCGCUGCCGCCGGGCUGCAGAGGGUCUCGGAAAGCCCCAUGUCAGACCGCAGCAGCGGUGGCGAGGACGAAGAUGAUGACGAUGACAAUGAAGACCGGGAGGAGCAUUAUAAGGACAUGAUGGGGUCAGAUGAGGAGGAGCAGAUCAAACGGAAAUGGGACGAGGAAGACUUCGAAGGCGAGAUGGAAGAAGACUUUGAUGACGAACUGACGGAGGAGGGUCUGCCAACGGGCCAUGAAGCUGUGGCUCCAGGCAAGGGAAUCCUCCUGCUGCCGCACCGUCAGCUCCACCCUCACUCUCAGCUGCUGAAGGCCCGGCCCAGCGUCGACCAGGAGCCCCGGGUAGCCAUCAUGCCCCCCCACGCCACGCAAAGCCAUCUGAGCGGACAAGACCACGGAGAGUGGACCUAUGAGGAGCAGUUCAGACAGCUGUAUGAACUGGAUAGAGACCCGAAGAGAAAAGAGUUUCUGGACGACCUUUUCAGCUUCAUGCAAAAACGAGGAACGCCAGUGAAUCGUAUUCCCAUCAUGGCCAAGCAGGUCCUGGAUCUGUACAUGCUCUACAGGCUGGUGACAGAGAAGGGCGGCCUGGUGGAGGUCAUCAACAAGAAACUGUGGAGAGAGAUCACUAAAGGACUCAACCUGCCUACCUCAAUCACCAGUGCAGCCUUCACCCUACGCACACAAUACAUGAAGUACCUGUACCCAUAUGAAUGUGACAAGAGGAGUCUGAGCAACCCCAACGAGCUCCAGGCAGCCAUCGACAGUAAUCGGCGGGAGGGCCGGCGGCAGAGCUUUGGCAGCUCCCUCUUCACAUACUCGCCCAACGGGACCCCUACCAUGCUCUCCUCGCCCAAACUCCCAUCAGCCAGCGUUGGCCUGACGAUGGGCACCAACGGAGCCUCGCUGAUCCAUAACCACAAGAUCAAGAAAGAAGAGGACGUAGGCCACUCACUGAUGGGGCUCAGUAUGGCUCGUCUGACAGCGGGGGCGCUGCAGGGGAACACGAUGGGGGCGAUGCAGGCGGCAGCCGCUCAGGCGACAAUGGCCGCUCAGAUGGCGGCUCUGGAGCAGCUCAGGGACAAACUGGAGGCCGGAGAGCCACCAGAGAAGAAGAUGGCGCUGCCGGCAGAGGAACACCAACGACUGCUGCAGAGAGCGCUGCAACACAACCUGCUGGCCAUGACCGCUCAGUUACCCAUGAACAUCCGCAUCAACAACCAAGAGAGCAGGCAGAACUCGGCCCUGAACCUCACCACCAACGGCACAGGCAGCAUCAGCAUGUCAGUGGAGCUCAACGGCGUGAUGUACACCGGCGUUCUUUUUGCUCAGGCAGCAGCAGGGGCAGCUAUGUCCGGUGCAGUCGGAUCGUCAGUCUCAAACAAGACGGUCAGCAGUCGUGUUGCUCCAGCGCAGCACCAGAACACACCUACCUCAACCUCAAGCAACCCGUUGUCUUAACAAACCCCAGCCUUCUUUUUUUUUUUUAUUACCACGCUAAGUAAAGCCAAAAAUCAACCUCAUUUUCUACAUAAUCUAUGCCAAAAAGAGAAGAACCAUAAACUGUACAGAGAGACUCAAACUGAAACUCAGAUCACUUGAAUUACACUAUCUCAGGUUUUCUCUCAUCAACUCACCUCUUUUGUUCUUCAUAGCCAAAAUUAUUUCGGGGAAAAAACAAAGAAUAUCUCAACUGAGAGCCAGUAUAUGCUAAACAAAUAUGUAUGCACAAUCUGUGAAUUAUUUAUUUCUGCAUAAAUGUACAGAUUAUUGGAGAACAAAAGAGAAGGUAAUAACCAGGAAGGGUAAUGCACUGUUUACACACAAACACAGCUACUGAUUGACAGCAAUGUUUUAUCCUCUAGGAGUAGAUUAUUUUAUUUUAUUUUAACUUUUUGUUGUUAUUGUUAUUCUCUUUACUGUGUUUUAUCAUUUAAUUUUAAAUCUUUAACAAUCCUCUCACUGCAGGAAAAAAUAUAUUUAGAAUUAUAUAAAAAAAAAGAUCAUAUGAAUAUUCUCUAUUUUUAAUCAGAAAAGCUUUUAAGGUAUAUGUUUUCUUCAGGGCAUAUAACAAUGUACCACUGUGACCUCAUUUUGUGUAAAACCUUUUUCGCAAGGCAGCCAUUUUGGAUCUCUAUUAGGGAGAUUGCGGUCACUCCUGUAGUGUACCAAGAUACACAUCAUAUUAGUGCAAAGAUUCUCCAGUGAAACAAAAAUGUAAAACGCAUCUCAAGAGUGGUUACAAUGCUACAUAGCUAAUGAAUGCUCUGAAGCUGUCAUGCUUCUCCCGUUACAGCUGGAUAAUGUUUUUUAUCUAAAACCUGCUUGUUGACAUAAGGCCAGUUUAAUGUAUACUGUAUCUGUGCCAAUCUUGCAGGUAUUUUUUGAGUUAGCUUUGAGUUCAAAAUGGCUGUUUUGUAAGAGUAAGGUCAGUUCUGCAGGCGGGGAUAUGAACUCUUAGCCUUUCUUUUACCCUCGCCGCAGCUAACACGCUGGACUUUCGGAGCCUCAGUAGCGUCCACACAGACUGUUGCUGUUUGGGGUUCAGAUUGUAUGUGAAUAAUAACUAUUUUCGACUGCUCUCAGGUGUCUGAUGCUCAUCGUUUUGUACAAUAUCUUGACAAAGCCAGAGCAAUGCUUUUCAACAUCUUUCUCUGCAGAAAGAUCGAUUUUCAUCUUCUUGUUUUUCUUACUUGGCCUUCUAGUGGAGUGAUUGUCUUAAGGUCAUAUGCAUGCCUGUAUUUGUAGAUGAAGCCUUUCAGCGAUCAGGAAUGAGGCAGGAGAACUGUGGUUUUGUGCUUUUAAAUCAGAGGAGUCGUGUAUCCACUAAAUCCCUAUCAUUGUGGAGACACUUACAUGGACAAUCAGGUGUUAUUUUAGCUUAAAUCUGAUUUGUUGUUGUUGUUGUUGUUGUAUUAUAGUUAACAGAUGCUUUUA